AUGAAACUAGGGGUGUUGCAAGUUCUCAAAAACUGGAUGCAAGGGGAAAUCAACACCUGCAUUCUGGUAUGGAUUUCAGUUUACAUCUCUCUGUCUUACUGUUUUUUCGCUGCAAAGAUCAUUCCCGCAGGCUUGUCAAGACUCUUCACUUUUCUCCCAGUCAUCAUCCUUUUCUUAGCCCUUCCUUUGAGCUUGCAUUCUAUCCAUCUCGGAGGCAUGACUGCAUUUCUUGUUGCCUGGCUUUCUAACUUCAAACUGCUUAUGUUGUGUUUCGACAUUGGCCCUCUUUCGGGCCAUUCUGUUUCCUUCAUACAUUUUCUGGCUAUUGGUUCACUUCCGAUCAGGAUUCUGCAGCAGACCCCGUCUUCGAAGGCAUCGGGGCAUGGUUUGAAGGCGCCUCUGAGUUAUGCUGCAAAAGUUCUUCUUGUAGUUCUGUUUGUUCGUGCGUAUGACUAUGUUGAUCACAUGCAUCCGAGAGUUAUUCCGUUUAUGUAUGUUUUUCAUGUAUACUUUGUUCUGGAACUCAUCCUGGCUGGACUGGCUGCCGGAGCUCGAGCUCUGUUAGGUCUGGAGCUCGAGCCACCGUUUGAUGAACCUUACUUGUCCACCUCGCUCCAAGACUUCUGGGGUAGGAGAUGGAACAUUAUGGUCACACGUAUUCUCCGACCCACGGCAUACGAGCCCACCCUCAAAAUCUUUUCCGUGAUUUUAGGACGCCGGUGGGCGUAUGUUCCGGCAAUUCUGAUCACGUUUCUUGUAUCCGCAAUCAUGCAUGAGCUCAUAUUCUACUACUUGGGGAGAACAAGGCCAGGGUGGGAGAUCACAUUGUUCUUUUUGUUCCAUGGGUUCUUUUUGGUCACGGAGAUAGCCGUGAAAAAAGCACUUGGCAACAGGUUGAGGUUUCCGAAAUUUGUUUCCAGAGCAUUGACAGCAGUGGUCGUGCUUGCCACGGGAUUGUGCAUGUUUCUGCCGCAGCUAUUGAAGUGUAAUGCUGAUACCAGAGCAUUUCAAGAAUAUGCAGCAGUCGGUGAUUUUCUUAGAGAUUUAGGUCAUGCUAUAAUGGCGAAGUCUGAUAUUGGGACAAAACCCUAG